AUGCUCAGAGCGCUCAAAACACGCCAAUUGGCGCCGAUUUUUCGCCAGCGAGUAGUCACACGUCUGCUGACGACCGCGCCGGCGGCAAAAUUGUCCUAUGUAUUCGAUAUCGACGGCGUUUUGAUGCACGGAGGCGAGGCGAUUCCGCAGGGUCGCCAGGCGCUGCUGGAGCUCGAACAGGCCCAGGUGCCGUGGAUUCUGCUGACUAACGGCGGCGGCAAGUCCGAGGUGCAGCGAACGGAGGAGCUCUCCAAGGCGCUGGACUUCUACAUAGACCCGCAGCAGAUUGUACAGUCACACACGCCGUUCAGGGGCCUGUCGGGCCAAUAUGAACGGGUUCUGGUGGUGGGCGGAGACCACGACAUGUCGCGACAGGUGGCAGAACUGUACGGGUUCAAACACGUGAUUGUGCCGGCGGACAUUGUGCGAGCCACCCCGCACGUGUGGCCGUACCACCGGCUCACGGAAAAGGACGACUUCUGGGUGCUCCCCAAGAAAGAAUGCGACCAGCUGGUGGACCCCAACAGUGGCAUGAACAAGGUGGACGCGGUAUUCAUCUUCAACGACCCCCGAGACUGGGGCACCGACGUCCAGAUCGUCAUGGACAUGCUACUGUCUCAAGACGGACACAUUGGUACCAAGGCCAACUGGCACCCGCGACCAUCGGAGCCCACCCUCAAGUCGCCCUCCAUCCCCAUCUACUUCUCCAACAACGACCUGCUGUGGGCCAACCAGUACCCGCUGCCUCGUCUUGGCCAGGGAGCUCUCCGAACAACCAUCGAGGCGCUGUUCACAGAACUCACCGGCUACAAACUGCGUUCCACCAUCAUUGGAAAACCCGUGCGGGAAACCUACGAGUUUGCCGAGGAGACGCUCGACGACUGGCGACAAAAGACCUUCAACCUGGCGCCGGGGUCGUGGGAAAAAGUGUACAUGGUGGGAGACAAUCCUGCCAGUGACAUUGAUGGAGCUAACCGAUACGGCUGGGAGAGUAUGCUGGUGAGAACGGGCGUUUUCCGUGACGCCGAUCUGCCCGAUGCGGUGGCCAAACCCAACGCCGGUAUCUACGAUAACGUCUUGGAUGCUGUUAGAGCAGGCAUUAAGAGACAUUAUUAG